CAGAGAAAGACACAGACAUGGCAGAAGAAGCUCCAGCAGCUCCAGCAGCGAAAGCCCCGGCCAAAGCCCCCAAGAAGAAGGCAGCGCCCCGGCCAAAGAGUGACGGGCCCUCCCUCCCGAAGCUCAUCCUCGACGCCGUGACUGAGUCUAAGGACCGUAAAGGCACCUCGCUUCCGGCUAUCAAAAAGACGUUGGCCACCAAAGGCAUCGACCUGGAAAAGGCCAACAAACGCAUCAACACCGCGGUGAAGAAGCUGGUGACCGACGGAAAGCUGGUCCAGAAUAAAGGGGUUGGGGCUUCCGGAUCUUUCAAGCUCCCCAAGGCUCAGCCUAAAGCCGCCAAAACUGGCAAGAAAGCUCCCGUUAAGGUGAAGAAGCCCGCUGCCAAGUCCCCGCAGAAGAAAACCGCAGCUAAGAAAACUGCAGUGAAGAAGACCGCAGCCAAGAAAACCGUCGUUAAGAAACCAGCGGCCAAGAAACCGGCGGCCAAGAAGUCUCCUGUGAAGAAAGCUGCCAAGAAGCCAGCAGUUAAAUCUACUCCCAAGAAGUCUGCCCCUAAAAAGGUGGCAAAGAAGAAGACCCCUGUGAAGAAAGCUCCGGCAAAGAAAGCUGCAGCGAAGAAGUCCAAGAAGUAAAGUGGCUCUUUAACCUGCACUCAGUGCACCAAAAGGCUCUUUUAAGAGCCACCACAGAUUCACAAGAGAGCUGUUUUCCUACAACAUUAUCACGUCUGUUUCCAUUGUUUUGUUUAUCUAUCAUGUGUGCCACAUUUAAGAGGAUAACAUUAACUCCUUAACUUACACUUGUUCAUGAAUCUACCUAUACAUCUUGUUUAGCUGGAAGGAUAGACCCUUAAAAUGGAGCAAUUCCUUUUCAAUGGGGUCCUAUAAAUACAAAAUAACACACCAACACAGAUAAUUAAAUCAACGAAUCCCCAAAAGAGCAACAAAUGGACAAUACGUUGUUUUAAGAUGAGCAAAUAAAGAAGUCCAGAAGCAGUGGUUUCACAGUAGAUCUCAGAGAAACAGGAAGGUUAUUCCAUUAGGAUAGAGUUUAUUAUUUUAAUCAUCUGCAUCCAACUUAUUUGAA